AUGGCCGACAGCGAUGAUGAUUACGAUUCUAGAGAACGUGAACGCGAUAAAUUUCGCCGUGAAAGGAACGAUUUAAAUGAUCGACAACGUAGCCGCGAUGGCAGAGGCAGUGGUAGCAGUAGUUCGUAUGAUAAAAGACGGAAUGAUAGCUCAUCAUGGGAUUCCCGACGUAAUCGAAAACGUUCCUUUGAUUAUCGCGACUAUGAUCGAGGUCAUGGAAGAUCUAAUCGUGGUUCAAGUCCCCCCAGUAAAAGAAAUCGAGACUGGGAACAAGGUGUGGACCACUUCUAUCGUGACGAAUCUGAGAGACGUCUGCCUCCUUUACACCAUCAACACCAGCCGGCCUAUGAAUAUAUGCCUAAUUACGUCAAUGACUUUCAUCAGUUCAACUCUCGCCCGGAUACUUAUGGUGGUAAUGUUAGUAGUACUGGUAGUGCUGCAAGCAUGAUGACCUUCAAACAGUUUCUGAACAGUUUAAGUGAUGAAAUUGAUGAAGAGGAUGCUAUUAAGAAAUAUAACGAAUAUAAAUUAGAUUAUAAGAGAACUCACUGUAAGAAGUUUUUCAUGAUCCACAAAGGGGAAGACUGGUUUCGACAGAAAUAUCAUCCGGUUGAUUCUAGUGCUAAGACCGAAUACUUGAAAGAUAAUGUAGUGAAAAGGCUGCUAACAUUCAUGGAAAUGUAUGAUAAUGACCGAUUAAGUGAUGUGCCAUUGCAUCACGAUAAUACUAUGAAUGUUACGCGGAUACUUGAUGAAUUUGUGAUUAGAUUAGAAGGUGGAACCGAUGAUGAUGCAGAGCUCCUGGACAACGAAGUACGAGAAACCGAUGUCCCUGACAAACCCAAGCUUCAAACUGAAGCUACUGAAAUAGAAGAAACUGGAAAUGGUAAUUACGAAUCAGAUAGUGAGAACAAAGAAGAUGCAGCGAAAGAUGAAACUGAAAGCCGUGAUUCAAAACGUGGAGAAGAUGACGAAGGUUACAUAGAAGAGGGCGAUGAUGAAAAUGAUAGUAAACGGAGCGAAAAUCUUGAUAUGAGCAAGAAUUCUAACAGCAAUGAAAUAGGUGACGUCAAACGUAGAAAAUUUCACAAAAAUUUAUCGAUAUUUUUGCGAAAUUUAGCACCAGUUAUCUCAAAGACUGAUAUCGAAUCGGUAGUUUCCCAGUAUGAAGGUUUUAUUCGGGUGGCUGUUGGCGAAGUAAUGCCAGAUAAAAGACAUGCUUGGGCUACUUUUGAAAGUACUGUCGAUAUUAGAGAAACUUGUAAUAAAAUCAACGGGUCAAAAAUUCGCAAGUUUGAAUUGUAUGCAACUUUAAAUAGGGAGCUUAAUCGUCGUAUACGUUCGAUUGCUGGUUAUGCUGCGCAUAAACCUUGUGUAGAAAAUGACAUUAUGUUAGCAUCAAAGCUAGCAAAAUUCUUAGAUAACAAAUAUUCGUUAUGGAUUAGCGAAAAGAAACAUCCAGAACUGCUGGCUUUAAACUAUGAGACUAAUCCGAUUUUAGAAAAGAUCGAUAAACUAAGCCUGCCAGAAAGCGAAGAAUUGCAGGAAGAUGAAGAUAGCAAUACGGAAUAUGACGUAGAUGUUAAUAAAGAUCUUCUGCAGGUAUUGGAUCGACUACUCCUGUAUUUACGCUUAGUACAUUCAGUCGAUUACUAUGGUGGUUCUGAGUAUAUUUAUGAAGACGAUAUGCCACAUCGUUGCGGCAUAUUGACAGUUCGUGGGAAAUCAGCUCCAAAAAUACAAUAUAAAGAAAUUAAAUAUUGGAAAGAUAGUAUGGCCAAAAAAACAAGUCCUCGAUUUCAAGAGCCACCAGCUCGUUUGACUGACAAAGAGUGUGAACAUUUUGUUACAAAUAAAUUCCUUAACCACAUAGCUACGGAAGUGGAAGCUUUCAUUAAAGAAAAUACUAAAGAGCUAUCGUCAGAAAAAUGGUUAUGUCCAUUAAGUGGUAAAAAAUUUCGUGGCCCUGAAUUUGUAAAGAAGCACAUAUUUAAUAAACAUUCUGAUAAAGUCGAUGAAGUGCGGGCUGAGGUUGAGUUCUUUCAUAACUUCUUGCGAGAUCCUAAUCGCCCGGAGGAAGUCGAACCUAGUCUUAACAGACGUUCUGGUACAGGAAAUGCCAGAGGACCACCUCCUCCACCUUUGGGUUGGCCGCGCCCUAUGAACUGGGGUCCACCUGUUCAGCCGCCAUUAAUGAUGAAUGAUGG